CUAGUCUGUAUACCAAUUGGAAAGAGCCAGCUGCCAUUGGAGUGACGGAGAUAGCGAACGGUAGUAGAACUUUCUUUCCACCUGCGUUGACGUUUUCGAUCGAAUGAAUCAUAAAUAAUCGGCCAGCAACACCAGCAGAGGAUUUUCUUCGCUCGCAAAUUGCUAACACAAGCACACCGACAAAGUAGGAAGUCGAUUUGCAUUCUAGUGAAAUUCGCGCGGAAGGAAAACUCAAAGCAACGUCAAAAUGCCCGGAAGUGGUCCCGUUUACCAGCCGACGACGGUGUCGUACGAAACACGUCCGGGAACAGGUGCCGGUGGAGGAUUGUUGGCCCAAACGACGGCCGCAUCCUCGUUGAAGAUGCUCCGGAAACCGGCCGCACAGAUGUCGGUGCUGAUUUUCGGACUCAUUUCGUUGGCUGCUGGUAUCGUCAUGAUCGCCAGCGGUUCAGCUGACUAUUCCGACACCGAACAACACCCAGAGACGCACCCGGAUGGGGGCACCAUUCCAGAAGAAGAGCUCGACAUAGGUCUGAUUGUGGCCGGCGUCUUCAUCACCAUUCUCGGUUUCGUUCUGCUCGGCCUCUACAUUAAGGUAGCCGACUGGCGCCGGCACUGUGUCUGCCCGUGCGCCCUGUCCAAGAAGCAGGGCCUGGCACGACAGCUGCAGGGAAACAGCGGUGGCCAGAUCCUGGCGCUGAACCCCAGCACCGAUCCGUUGGUAUCCCACACGCAGUACGCUCCAGUUUCCGAAAUUCCGACCCGCCAGGAGGACGAAGAACGGCGAAACCUGAUGCCGGACAACAAGGACUCCUGUCUGAGCAGUGCCGAAGAGUCCGACCGGAUGCUGGACCCGGACCCGAGGAUCGUUCUGCGGCCCAUUGGCAGCACCGUGGAGGAUGCCUAGGGCCAAGAGACCGGGGACGAUGACGACGACGACGACGACGACGAUUGGUAAGACGCAAACGGGGGGAACGGGAAUCGAACGAACGUUUGUCUGUUAUAGUGGGAAGUUUCAGUUAUACCACGUUUUUAACAACUCUAUCAUUAAAAACAAAAGCUUGCUUAAAGCAUCAUGUAAAGCGCAGACACUUAAAUCGAUAUCAGACUGUUUUUUUUUUUUCUCUCGCAAGUCGCAAAUUGGACUUUUGACUUACGCU